UCUGACAUUUCGAAAGUAAGCUGUUUAUUUCGAAAAUGUUAAACUUAUUUUUAUAAUAUUUACGGCAAAUAAAACCAAAAAUUGGAAAAUGCUUUAUGUUAUUGUGAACAAAAUUGUUAAGAAUAAAACAAUUACGAUUUGUUUGUUAGGAUUAAUUUUGAUUUGUGAGUGACUGAAUAAAUCUAAUUUAUAGAUUUUUAUCCAACACAGGUGAAAAUGACCGAUCAGCCACCGAGAUCGUCUUGUAUAUUUUGCAAUAUUGUAAAUAAGUUAGAAAAUACGGAGAUAUUAUACGAAGAUGAAGAUAUUUGCAUAUUUCGCGACAUUAAGCCAGCGAGCAAAUUCCAUAUUUUGACGAUACCAAAGAGGCACAUAGAGGAUGUAAAAAGUUUGACUUCCAGUGAUAAACCUUUAGUUGAAAAAAUGCUCUCUGUAUCCAAAAACCUGCUGACAUCAAACAACCUCACAGUAGAAGAUGCCAGAUUUGGAUACCACUGGCCGCCAUUCCGGAGCGUGAGGCAUUUGCACCUACACACUAUUGCGCCAGAAUCUGAGAUGGGCCUCAUAUCUAGGAUGGUGUUCAAAAAGAACUCGUAUUGGUUUGUGACGCCGGAAUACGUCGUUUCAAGACUAUGAAGAAAUUAACGAGAAUUUAGUACAAUUUCCAUUUAUAUAGUUUUUAUAAUUGUAGUUGGUGUUAAUAAUUGCUUGAACGGUGUGGGAAAACAUCGUGAGGAAAAAUUAUAAAAAUUUUAUUCUUUGUAUAAA